AGCUGCCAGCACAACCAGGGGGAAGAGGACGCGCCAGUCCAUGCUCAACCGUUCGUUCUAGGUGGAGAUCGACGCUCUUUGUAUUUCUCUCCCUCUCUCGACCCUGUUCGGUUUACAUGUGCUCUGGAGUUUGCUGUGAUCAGACAAGGGUCCGAGACAAACCCGCUCAAAACCCCCCAAAACAAUGGCGACCUCUCGCGCCCCACCGUCCGCCGCCGCCGCGGAUGGCGGCAUCGAGGAGAACGCGAUGGCCAUCCUCGACUCCUCCGGCAUCAAGGACUCUCGCGACCUCCACGACGACCGAGCUGCCUUCUUGGAGGCUGUGCGCUCGGCCUGCCUCGCCGGCGACAACCCCUCGGCCCCCUCGUGGAGAAUGUACGAUGCUGUUUUCCAGAUUCUUCAAAACAGUAGCUCCCUGGAGCUUGCUGUGGCAAGUUUCCAUCUCUUAAUGGAGUUGGGCAAGGAAUACCCAAGAACAUAUCUGACAGAUUCUGGUGCAUACCAAGCUUUAGUUGUAGUUAAAGAGUCCUGGUCACCAUUUCUGCUUGGCAAUGAUGUCAUUUGUGGUGAGAUUGGGGGAAAUGUGAGGAGCUCAGAUCACUUAUUUGAUCCUUCGAGAUUCUCGUUGCUGAUUGAGGACAUGGUUGAACCAACUAAUGCCACGGAUGCUCAUAAUGGAAUUAAGGCUAUAGAGAACAUGAUGUUGUUCGAGUAUCUUGUCAGCACACUUGAAGCAGACUUUGUACCCCGUCAUAUUGCAUACAAAGAGUCAUUAGACUGGGCGAUUUUCAGGGAAUCUAUGAUAAAUAUGCUUCUGGGAUCACGAAAGGUGGUAUUCAAAUCAUUUGUAAAGAACUGCAUAUACCUUCUACUCAACCAGUAUCACCAUGAAGCUAAAGAUGAAGUUGAAGAUAGCAUACCUUCUAAAGGAGAUUUUACUAAAUCAGCAUCUGAUCUAGAUUCUUCCCUAAACUUUUCAUCAUUAGAGUUAGAAAGAACACUUAUAUCUGUUCAGAAAUUAUUUGUGAUGGUUAUGAAUCUUGACUUGAUUAGGAAAGAAGCAGACACAUUAGGGCUGACUUCAAGAGCUGAUGGGUUCAGAAACCCUAUCAUGGAAGUUAUUUUGGAUGAGCUAACUUAUAACAUCAGUUAUUUAUCCCCAUUUCUCUUGGCCUUCAUGGAAUGGAAGUGGAAAUUGGAUAUUAUAUUGCAGUACUUCUCAAAAUAUUGUGUGAAGGCUACAAUCCGUACUCGACGGUCAGAUAAUUCACAAAAGGAUUUGAAAUUGGAAAGUGUUCUAAGUUUCUUUUUGACAGCCACAAGCACAAAAGCUAUUGUCAAAAAGAUGAGUUCUGAAGUUGCUCAGCUUCUCUUAGCUCAUGCCUACCAGGUGUGCCUGUCUAUUCAAGGUGAUUCUUGUGAUACUACUGCUACAACCGAAAAGAUUGGAGCAACUCUCCAACAGAUAUCUUGCAACUUAAUAUCUGCUUUUCAAAAUCUCAGAAAUGUCAACCCGAAUAUCCAGAUCUCACCAUUCGAGAAAGAAGCUCUGUUUACUGCUGCAACGUUGGCUAGAAAAUUUUAGAAUGAAGAUAGACUUUGGAUGUAGUACAUAGGAUCUGAUGGUGUGGCUCUGGCUAGUAAUAUCAUCUGAAAAUUGUUUAAUUAUUUUGGUCUUUGUAUGGCACAAUCAUGUCACCUAGUAUGGAAAGCUCAAGAUACCUAACUGAUGCUUCUAUGUUGCAUAUCUUGAGAGUAUUUUACAUGAAACCAGGAGUAACACCAGUUUCUUAGAUGACA